GCCCUGCUCGCCGCUCCCCGGGACUUUCGGGGGGCCCGCCCGCCCUGCACCCUGGAGCACCGGGCCGCGAGCCUCUGCCAACUCCUCUGGUUCUUCGCGGCCGUGGGCAGCGGCUGCGGUGCCUGUCCGCCCGAAGGAGGACCCACACUGCUGCAUUUACACUAUAACUCUGGCUGUACCGCCCACCCCUUGGGUAACACAGGCAUCCCAGGAAGAUGGCAGACGAAGACCUCAUUUUUCGCCUGGAAGGUGUUGAUGGCGGCCAGACCCCCGGGGCUGGUCACGACGGUGAUUCCGAGGCCGACAGCGACGAGGAGGAAAGUUACUUCAUCUGCCCCAUCACUGAUGACCCUAGGUCACACCAGAAUGUCAAUUCCAAAGUUAAUAACUACUACAGCAACCUAACGAAGAGCGAGCAGUAUGGCUCCAGUGGGUCCCCUGCAGGCUCCUUCCACUUUAAGGAAGCUUGGAAGCAUGCGAUUGAGAAGGCCAAGCACAUGCCUGACCCCUGGGCCGAGUUCCACCUGGAGGAUAUUGCCACAGAAUGUGCCACACGUCACAGGUACAAUGCUGUCACUGGGGAGUGGCUACAAGAUGAAGUUCUGAUCAAGAUGGCAUCUCAGCCCUUUGGCCGCGGAGCUAUGAGGGAGUGCUUCAGGACGAAGAAGCUCUCCAACUUCCUGCACACCCAGCAGUGGAAGGGGGCCUCCAACUACGUGGCAAAGCGCUACAUCGAGUCUGUGGACAGGGACGUGUACUUCGAGGAUGUGCGUCUACAGAUGGAGGCCAAGCUCUGGGGAGAGGAGUAUAAUCGGCACAAGCCCCCCAAGCAGGUGGACAUCAUGCAGAUGUGCGUGGUGGAGCUGAAGGACAGACCGGGCAAGCCUCUCUUCCACCUGGAGCACUAUAUCGAGGGCAAGUACAUCAAGUACAACUCCAACUCGGGCUUUGUCCGUGAUGACAACAUGCGCCUGACGCCACAGGCCUUCAGCCACUUCACAUUUGAGCGUUCCGGGCAUCAGCUGAUUGUGGUGGACAUCCAGGGUGUGGGCGACCUCUACACCGACCCGCAGAUCCACACCGAGAAAGGCACUGACUUUGGAGAUGGCAACCUAGGUGUCCGGGGGAUGGCGCUCUUCUUCUACUCUCAUGCCUGCAACCGGAUUUGCAAGAGCAUGGGCCUCGCUGCCUUUGACCUCUCACCAAGAGAGAGGGACACUGUGAAUCAGAACACCAAGCUGCUGCAAUCAGCCAAGACCAUCUUGAGGGGGACAGAGGAGAAGUGUGGGAGCCCCCGAGUAAGGACCCUCUCUGGGAGUCGCCCCCCCCUGCUCCUUCGCCUUUCAGAAAACUCUGGAGAUGAGAACAUGAGUGACGUGACCUUUGACUCUCUCCCUUCUUCCCCGUCUUCGGCCACACCACACAGCCAGAAACUGGACCACCUCCAUUGGCCUGUGUUCAGUGACCUUGACAACAUGGUACCCCGAGACCAUGACCAUCUGGACAAUCACCGGGACUCUGAGAACAGUGGGGACAGCGGAUACCCCAGUGAGAAGCGGGGUGAGCUGGAUGACCCAGAGCCCCGAGAACAUGGCCACUCAAACGGUAACCGGAGGUACGAGUCUGACGAAGACAGCCUGGGCAGCUCCGGACGGGUGUGCGUGGACAAGUGGAAUCUCCUCAACCCCUCCCGCCUCCACCUGCCCAGACCUUCCGCUGUGGCCCUGGAAGUGCAAAGGCUUAACGCUCUGGACCUUGAAAAAAAAAUCGGGAAGUCCAUUCUGGGGAAGGUCCAUCUGGCCAUGGUGCGCUACCACGAGGGCGGGCGCUUCUGCGAGAAGGACGAGGACUGGGACCGCGAGUCGGCCGUCUUCCAUCUGGAGCAUGCGGCCGACCUGGGCGAGCUGGAGGCCAUCGUGGCCCUGGGGCUCAUGUGCUCACAGCUGCCCCACCACAUCCUGGCCGACGUCUCUCUGAAGGAAACAGAAGAGAAUAAAACUAAAGGAUUUGAUUACUUACUGAAGGCAGCUGAAGCUGGCGACAGACAGUCCAUGAUCCUGGUGGCUCGGGCUUUUGACACUGGCCAGAACCUCAGCCCAGACAGGUCCCGAGACUGGCCAGAGGCUCUGCGCUGGUACAACACUGCCCUGGAGAUGACAGACUGUGAUGAGGGCGGGGAGUAUGAUGGGAUGCAAGAUGAGCCUCGAUACACGCUGCUGGCCAGGGAGGCCGAGAUGCUGUUUACCGGUGGCUGUGGGCUGGAGAAGGACCCGCAGAGAUCAGGCGACUUGUACACACAGGCAGCCGAGGCAGCGAUGGAAGCCAUGAAGGGCCGGCUGGCCAACCAGUACUACCAGAAGGCGGAGGAAGCCUGGGCCCAGAUGGAGGAAUAGCUUGCCAGGAAAAUCACUGCCUUCCAGUCCCAAGCCAAAGGGCUAAGCGCAGGGAGGGGAGGGGGAAGACUUAUCAUUUAUGGUUUUUUUUGGCGGGGGUAAGGGGCAAGUAUUUUUAGUGUAUUGUAAAUCAACUUUUGUAUUUAGUUUUUUGACUCUUGAACGUGUCUUUGCUAUUAGCAGAGACACUACAGCUGUCCCUUAGGGCAGCAUCUUGGGGAGUGGGGAUCGAGAAAGCAGCCUAAUGAACCAACAUAUCAUUUUGAGCUGCUUCUUCUGUUUUUUCUUUUUGGGUCAUGAGAUGUAAGAAAGUGCUUUUUGCUGCCAUUAAUGAAAACUGUUAGGGCUUUGGGCUUUGCUCACCAGCUUUUUCAGGCUGUACUGAAAUGAAAUCUUGGGCCCACCGAAUUUGUUUCCUGAGUUGUGAUGGGGAGGGUAGAGCUGCACAUUAACUUUUCCCAGGGUGUAUCUUAUCAUGACUUAGUGCAAAGCCUUAUUUCAGAGCAUUUGGAUGCAUGCAUGGCAUUGUUCUGUGGAUGUAAGAUUGCACAGUAUCAGGCCCCCUUCUGCUGUGGGCGAAGGCCUGCACGCUGGUUGUUGGCUUAUCUUUUAAUUUCCUUCCCGAAUGCAACUGAUUUUCUGGAAUACAAAUUCCAUUUUUCAGCAUGCUUUCUAGAGUGGGCUUUAUAUAACAGGUUUGAUUUUUGUAUGCACACAUUUACUACCUCUAACUUCUCCAUCAGCUAGUGUGGGAGAGGGUGCGCCUCAAACCUUUUACAUGUAAGGUCAGCAAUUUGGAACUGGAGCCUUUCCUCCAAGCAGAUAUAUACUCCGCAUCUCAGUGGCAGCAUCCACAGUGUACCUGAAGUAUCCGUGUACAGUGUUCCUCUGUGUUUUCUUAGCAUCUGACGUUUAUAUGUAGAAUCUGUUCCCCAGGCCCUCUCUUUGGUAUUUUCUGCUUGAAACUGGGCUCAUUUUCUUGUAAAUUGCAGCCGUACUGUUUCAGCCGCAGCCCCUUGAGAUUUAUCUCCGAUGUUUGAGAAUGAAAGGGCAAGAACUAUAAACACUCAUUAAUCCCAGUAGUUUCCCCAGGGCGAGGCUGUGGCUCUCUGUCUUUAAUGAGCUUUCCCUUUAAAAGGAGUAAGAUUUAAUAUCGGUAUGAUUUCAGUUGGUGUAUCAAAUAGCAAAGAAAACACACUGCUUUGAUCAAGCCCAAGUGCUAAAGCAGCCUCUCUCCCUUUGUUUAAAAAGGGAAACAUAAAAAUAAAAAAACAGAAUGUGACAUACAAACCAUUCUUAUCUGUCCAUUGAAACAAGUCUUUCAACACAGUACUGUUAAGUGCUGUGGGGUUGUGAACCUCUGCAGCUGUUGGGUUCCAAAGUUCAGAGUGUGCCCUAAGGGAAAAAAUCAAGCAGAUUCAGGAUGACCCUUGGAAAAAUCCUUUAGACUACCCGUAAAUUCCAGUAUCCCUCAUGUGUAUGGAUACACCACAACCAGCUUCCUUUACAAGUUGGGAGUAUUCACCCUUUUUUUCAUUUGCACCAGACCAAGAAGUUGGCUUGCGUUAGGUUUUUUGUUUGUGUGUUUUAAACCAGUGUGUAGAGUUAAAUUGCAUGUGGUAAAUGUUAAGUGGAAAGCAACUUUAUUGUGACUUGUCUCUUACCUCUGUUAAACAGCCAGAUAGUAAAUACUUCAGGCUUUGUAGGUCAUAUGAUCUCUGUUGUAACUACUCAGCCCUGCUGUAGUGAAGAAACACUCAUGAGCAGCACCUAAAUGAAUGAGCUUGGCUGAUGUUCCAAGAAAACUUUAUUUACAAAAACAGCCUGCCUGGGCAGUAGUUUGCCAACUCUGGCGCUAAUCCUUGACUAAGAGUUAUAUAGUAUGCCCUGAAGGUAAAAGCUAUCUCAACUUUCCAACUUUGAGUGCUCAAAAACACAGGUUGUUGGCACAGAAUAGACCCCAGUAAAUGUGUGAGCAAAUGGAGAGUCAUCCCUAGCCACAGCACCUGAUCUGUGGCUCUGAUUCUUCCAACCAGUUAAUGAUUUGUCAUCUGAAUUGGCUUGAACUGUCACUCCUCCGCUUCCACCCACCCACCUCCAUGGCCUUAACUCAGCCAGCUUCUCUUCCAAAAGGCUGGAUGUAUAGCUAAGCAUAUGCUUAUUAAGGACUGGGGAGAGUAAAAUGAUCUGCAAGAUGCUGAGAUCCUUCUGGGCCAGUAGGAGGACUUAUUCCACAUUUAAAACCUGGUUUUGUGCCUUCUAAAGCUGGUUAAGGGCUUUUUUUUCCCCCCUCACAAAUUCUGGGCAUACAAAAACAAAAGACAACCCCAGGACAUUCCAGCCCAAUUGGGAAGUCAUCAGAGAGCAUCUUGAAGUGCAAGAAGCGGUUGAAGGUCCAGGAGAUUAACAGAGUCUGUAAUGUAAUCCCAUAUCUCUAACCGUAGAUGGAGAAACCAAGGUUCCAAAAGGUAGGCUCUCACGGUGGACCCAGCUCAUUAGUAGCUAGCUGCAGCUAGGAUUUGAAAGCUGCUGUUAUUUAGAGGAUCCUGGGAAUGAAAUUUAAAAUUAGACUAGAAUGUAAUAUCCCUUCAGUUUUGCUGUAGGUUGUUUGUUUUUUUUUAAGCAGGCUUUAUGGAUGUAAGAAGGAAAAAAAAAAAAAAUGCCACACCCCAGUGCAUCUGAAUAUCCCUUCCCUUCCCCUCACCUGAGGCACUGUGGAAAUUUAUCAUCAAAUGCAAACUUGGGGAACCCAGCCAGGUAAAUUACCUUUGUUCCUAUUUCAGUGAUUUCUUUUCCUUUCAUCCCAGCACAUUUGUCUGCAGUACUAGACAUGAUUUACAAAUCAAAUGUUUACAAAGGUACAUGCAGCUUGUGUGGGGGGAAAGGAGACAAAAUAUGCAUAAUCUCUGCGUGGAUUUGUCCCUGUUACUCAUGUUUCUAGUCUCAAGGUAACUAUUUAACCUAGCAAAGGUAGACACUUGGUAGGAUCCAAAGAAGUGGCUUGUGUCAUCAAUUUACUUUUGCAUAUGUAUUAAGUUCCAUUUUGUCUGUUCAAAUAAAGUGGUUUCUUUCUU